GACGAGCGUAACCAGAUUCUGUCGGCGUAUUUAUGGAUACGGCAAGUCUGGAUUGACAAGUAUCUCACCUGGGAUAAGGAUAACUAUGACGGGCUUGAUACCAUCCGUAUACCUGGUAGUUAUGUAUGGAGACCCGAUAUAGUCCUAUAUAACAGCGCUGAUGAUCACUUCACCAGCACUAUGGACACCAACGUCGUUAUCCGUCAUGAUGGCCAGAUCAUGUGGGAUGCUCCAGCCAUCACCAAAAGCUCCUGUAAAGUUGACGUCUCGUUCUUCCCCUUUGACGCCCAGCAGUGUCGUCUGACCUACGGGUCAUGGACCUACAACGGCAACCAGCUUGACAUUCUGAACGCCAUGGAGAGCGCAGAUCUCGCAGACUUGGUGGACAACGUGGAAUGGGAGGUGCUGGGAAUGCCGGCCAAGAGAAAUGUCAUUCUGUACGGCUGUUGUGCAGACCCUUAUCCGGACGUGACGUACACUCUGAAACUGAAGAGAAGGGCUUCGUUUUAUGUGUUCAACUUGCUCAUUCCCUGUGUGAUGAUCUCUUUCUUGGCUCCGCUGGGCUUCUAUCUACCUGCAGACUCUGGAGAGAAGGUGUCACUGGGGGUCACUGUGAUGUUAGCACUCACCGUGUUUCAGCUGUUGGUAGCUGAGAUCAUGCCUCCCUCAGAGAAUGUACCUCUUAUAGGUGAAUCAUUUAGAUAUGAUUAA